GUGGCGGUAAUGAGGCUGCAGCACUUGGCGCCAGCCACCAUUCAAACAGCAGAACAAUACAUGAGAAACGGCCAUAGUCGUAGCUCCACAAUGGUUGACUCAGGGACCAAGUUAAAGAUACGCAAGCUGCUGAAGACGAUUCUUUGCCUAUUCUCCCUUACAUUCGUCGUAUUAUUCACUGUUGCAUUUGUCAGGACGUUGACGCUGGACGUAGACGUCGGACUUCAACAUGCACAGUGGGAGAAAACUAAGAACAUAUCGCUUGACAUAGGGCGCGAGCAGAGAGAAGAGCUUCUGGACAAUUUUAAAGAGAGUAUCCGGAUCCCCACCGUGUCUUUCGCCGAGAGUAACUACAACACCACCGCGCUACUGGAGUUCAACAGGUUCCUCCGUAAAGCCUUCCCUACAGUUUACUCUUCAAGCUUGGUUCAUCAUGAGGUCGUUGCCAACUACAGCCACCUGUUCUGGGUGGAAGGAUCCCAGCCUGACCUGUUGCCAUACCUGCUGCUGGCUCACGUCGAUGUGGUACCUGCCUCUGAAUCAGACGCCUGGGACUUGCCACCGUUUUCUGCCAAGGAGAUGGAUGGCUUCAUCUAUGGAAGAGGAACCUUGGAUGACAAAAGCUCUCUAAUGGGAAUACUUCAGGCGCUCGAAUACUUGCUAAGAAAAGGCUAUGCUCCACGCAGAGGAUUUUACAUCGGUCUUGGUCAUGAUGAAGAAGUCAGCGGCAAAAAUGGAGCAUUGAAUAUAGUGAAUGUGAUGAAACAGCGCGGCGUGCAGUUGUCAUUUGUCCUAGACGAGGGCAUGCUUAUCACAGAGAACCUGUCAAGUUUUCUUGGAGGAUCUACGGCAUUUAUUGGAAUAAGCGAAAAGGGCUCUGCCACUAUAAAGCUUAGUGUGUCUACGCCUCCUGGUCACUCCUCAAUGCCUCCCAAGGAGACCUGUAUUGGGAUCUUGGCUGCAGCAGUCAAAAGAAUAGAGGACAACCCGAUGCCCAGGUUAUUCGGUUAUGGACCUGAACGUUUGUCCUUUGAGCACAUGGCCCACAAGUUCAGUUUUCCGCUGAAGUUCAUGAUGUCGAAUUUGUGGCUGUUCUCUCCACUGAUUGGCAGAGUACUAGAAAGGCAGCCGAUUACUAACAGUCUUGUAAGGACAACAACAGCAGUCACCAUGUUUAAUUCGGGAGUUAAGUUUAACAUCAUCCCUUCCCUCGCUGAAGCUUUUGUGAAUUUGCGAAUCCACUCGGCACAGUCGUUAGAAGAGGCACUUGAUCACAUACGUUCCAGAGUGGCAGAUGAGCGAGUGAAGAUGGAGCUCAUUGAUGGGUUUGAUCCUCUGCCAGUCAGCUCUACUGAUGAAAAGUCCUUUGGCUUCCAGAUCAUUAAGAAAACAGUGUUGGAGGUAUUUCCGUCGGUAACGGUUGCUCCAGGUAUUUGUGUUGGGAACACUGACAGUCGACACUUUAAGGACUUCACCAAGGAUAUUUUUCGCUUCAUACCUGCCUGGUUAAAGUCAGGUGAUUAUCUGAGAUUCCAUGGCCUAAAUGAAAGGAUUUCUAAAAAGAACUACGAGGAAUUUGUUGUUUUUUACUCAAGUCUGAUUCAGAACUGUGAUAUUCAGAAACUCCCUGAGCCUCAUGGUUCUGUCCACGAACUCUAAGGAAGUUACACAUUCUGUAACAAUUGUAAUGAAUUGCAAACCCAGAAGCCAACGCUUUUGAAUAAGUCAGCAUCAUUUCAGUAUCACUCAGUGGGACCGCGAACGGACUCUUGUGGCCUCUAAUUUUAAAGGUGACUUGUUUAAUCUGGUAUGGUUAGAUCCUAGGGCCGCAUAUUUAAUUGCAAAUGAAUCAAAAUCACAAUACAUUUGUUGUCUUCAAAUAUUUAUGAUUUUGAUAUGUUCCAGUAUCCAGUUAAGAUGCAAAAAUGAGAGUUGUACCAAUUCACAGUCCAAUGAUCACAAUUUAAUUUUAUAUUGUAUAAUAUUUUGCACCUUUUAUUAGAUACAGAACAACUUGAUCUUGUUGCAAUAAAAUAACCAAGAGUCAA